CUAACUUUUGUAUUUUAACUCAACAAUACCUAAUCGGCAACCGGGAUUUUCUAAAAUUCGCCAAACAACAAGGGAAUGAAACAUAUCACUGCUUGCUCGCCGAGGUCGAGAGUUGAUUAAUUUAAUCAAUAAUUCCUCGCAACAACUGGCAAAUAUGGAUGACUAUAAGCAAUACUUAGCCCAGAAAAUCCUCACAGAGGAUCAGCUUGUGUCAUACCGGCUUCUGAGUCGCGCCUUAAAGGUCCAUGUCAAUACUGCUAAAGAGAUGUUAUAUGAGUUUCAUAAAUGGCAGAAUGACAAACGCCCGGGAAGUCUCCAUGCUACUUAUCUUGUCUAUGGUAGCAAGAAGGUAGAAGAGGUGGAAGAGCAGGAUGGCGACGUGAAGAUGACCGACUCACAAAAUUCUAAAGAGCUACCCGUUCCUUUCUCAGACGAAGUCCCUACUUAUACGCUCUCUCUAGUUAAAGAGGAACAACUUCAAGAUGUGUUAGCAAAAUAUGAGGUCACCUCUAUUCACGUCUAUAGCUUAACCCCACAUCCACUCAAGGAUCUUCAGCUACUAGCCGAUACAGCUCGACAGGUCAUAGAAUUGUCGACUACGGGCAAUGUUCCGGCUUCAAGCAAGGAUUUUGGUUCUAUUGCCAAUCCCAAUGUGCACAGAAGAGAACGCCGAGGACCAGUAUCGAAGCCUGUUGCUAGUAAACCCGCUCCUAAAGCUGAACCGAAGCAGGAGUCAAACCCUGCUGUCGUAAAAGAGGAAUCAAAAGCAGCGCCUCAAGCUAGUGCUAAGGGACCGGCAGCUGCAACUGCUAAGAAAUCCACGACCGCUUCAUUAAAGCGCCAAGGAUCUUCGGGAGGCAUUGGGCAGAUGUUUGCUAAGGCCGCCGCUAGACCCAAGAAACCAGCUGCGAAACCUGCCACUGCGGCAAGCACUGCUGAGGAAGAUCAGAAAAUGGCCCUGUCGGACGAUGGAGAAGAUGAUACGGAGCCAAUGCCCGGAGCUAAGGACGAGUCAAAUAGCGCCAGACAAUCGAGAAUAAAUCGUCAGGCCGAACUCCGUCGUAUGAUGGAAGAAAGCGAUGAAGAGGAACCUGAGAAGCCGGAAAGCCCGACCGACGAACCCAUGGAGGAGGAGCCCGAGCCGGAACCGGAACCGGAACCGGAGCCCAAGGUAGAAGAACCCGCUGAGAUAGUGUCAGCUACGGGUGACGGCAGACGAAGGGGACGACGGCGGGUCACGAAGAAGAAGCAGGUCAUGGACGAUAAAGGAUAUCUAGUGACGAUUCAAGAACAAGGCUGGGAGUCUUUUUCGGAGGAAGAAAAGGCCCCUCCCCCGACAAAACCAAAAACCCAGUCGGCCAAGUCCGAACCCGCUGCGAAGCCUAAGAAAGCCGCAGCGAAAGGCCAAGGUAACAUCAUGUCUUUCUUUUCGAAGAAAUGAAGAUAAUCCCGAGAGUAGAAAUAUUUGAUUUACUUGAGACGGGAGGGUAGGCGUUAUCGCAAAUUUGGUCGGGUAUGCCGGGUGGGUUUAGGAAUAUAAUGGUAGAGCAUAAUAUUCAACAUUUCCAACGUCAAGGCACUACGCUCGAUGGAAUAUAAACUUGACGUUCUGCCCUAAUA